UCAUCUAACAUUAGCUAUUUGAUUUGCAGAUGUAUUGUACAUGGGAUCCAAUGGACAAUGAUAGGAUUGCUUUGCAAACUUUGAGAAGAAGGGGAGUGCAAGGUUGUCUGAUUGGUUUUCGAGGGCUAGAAGGUAUAUGAUGAUGCCCCAAUGGCUAAACGCUGAACAGUGGGAGAAACUUAAGGCAUAUUGGCAAACUCCUGAGUUUAUCGCCAAGUCUGAGCAGGCAAAGGCUGCCCGUGCAUCCCAGAAAGGUGGCUCUUUGCACACUGCGGGUGCAAGAAGUCAGGGGCACGUGGCUAGGACAAUGAAAAAAGCUACGGGACAGAUGCCAACUCAGGAUCAGCUAUUCCUAAAGACCCAUACAAAAAAGAAGAAGCACGAGUCGGAUCCGACCUUAUGGGUUGAGGACAGGGCUCGUGAAUCCUAUAGGCAAUAUAUGGAUCAUGUGGACCAGUACAGCCAAACUCAGCCUGAGCAUCCGAGCCGUCCUCCACCGGAAUUAGAGAUAGAUUUUUGGUGUAGAGCAGUUGGGGGAGUACAAAAGGGUAGAGCGUACGGUCUAGGCCCAAGGAACAACUUAAGUCGCCUUCGGUCGGGAUUGCGAGGUGAAGGGUCUUCUCGACAAGCCGAGGAGUUGAUGAUGUUCGGGUCGCGGCUAUGGCGCGACAAAUUCUUUGAACUUAAUAGGAAAUUAGGCGAAACCGAGGCAAGAAGAGUUGAGGAAAGUAACACCAUGAAAGCGAAUAUUGAAUUGCUAAUGGCACAAAUUAAGGAAAACCUCACCGGUGACAAAAUUAACCAAUACAACAAUCCCGUGAAAGAAAAACUUGCUAUAAUGCAAAAAUCGACUAGGAAAUCAAAAAUUACUCUUAUGCUUUGA